CUUAUCGCAUUUCGAUAAACGCAUACGUACGACCGAUAACUCGUACGUGGCAUUUGGUACUCGCAAGAGUUUCCGGCAGGUGGCGACGGUGCAAUUAACAAUCUCGCGCGAGUCUUUUUUUCCUCUCGUCCCUCUUCUUCGACGGUCUCUCCGCUGGACCGAAAGUCGUCUCGGGAUCGGGAUGCUGCAUAAACGCGGCAACUGUGUUAGCGGUAAUUGACAGCCGCCGAAAAGCGCCGACGACGACGACGACGGCGACUCGAUCGGUCGCGGCGCGCGCCCUCGAAUCGGCGGAAAAAAUAGACCCGUCGCGAAUUAGAUCUCGAAUUAACGGACGGUGGGUGCAUAUCGAGUGAUUUAUCCGCGCAUCUCGCGGGAGACGUCUCUCUCCCGCGCGGCUGCGCCCAGGCGCGUCGUAUCGGAUCGGAUCGCGUCGGUCGGCAUCGAGGCGACCGUGCGGCAUCCCGCUGACCGCAAGAGAAAGAGAGAGAGAGAGAGAGAGAGAAUUUUUUUAAAGACCCGGGCGUGUUUACAGUUCCACGCUCGCGCGUGUCGAGAGGCUUGUUCCCUGCGGAAGGCUGUGCCCGCUCUCGUCCACCUUCCGUACUUUAAACGCAGCAGAAACGGCGUCGUCGGCCCAGGUUCGAUUCGGGCGUUUAAAUACGGGGGAUCAUCGAACGCGCACGAUCCUUUCAAACGCUCCGCGGAACGGGGUCGAAGUGGACACGCGCGUUCGAGGCGCCGCUGGUGAUUUUUUUUUUGUUUUUGUUUUGUUUCGGUCGGGCGUCGGGGAUCGAGAUUUUUCUGUGCGCGCGUCGGGAGCCGAAACAAAUAACGGAACAUCCACGGUUCCACGCUCCGAGAGUGUACUUGGUUUUGAUCUUCAAGGUGCUCGGGAAGAGAGAUUAAUAGGUCUUUCUGUGCGGGAGCCUGCGACUCCGAAAGUCGGAUCCGAAAGGGAAAAGAUUGCAGACGGACGGUGAAAAGUGCGGCUGAAAGGGGACGAGCCUGUGCCGUCCAUGUCGGACAAUACGGUGCACGACGAGUGAGACGGAAAUUCUCGUUGGAGGAGACGCGAAGACCUUGGUCGCGAGAGUGCAGCUCGGUCCCCUCGUUUCCUCCGAGAUAUGUGCCCUACGGCGCGAGGACGUAGAUGCGCCCCUUUCUAUCGACGCGUCGAACAACUCUGGGUUUUUCAGCGGUGCUAGCUCCCGGAGACAUUAUGAAUCUGGAACGGCCGACGAUGGACGGCGGUUGCGGGCAGCAGCCGGCGCUCUUCCUAGGCGGCACUUCCGGCUGGAGCGGCAUCUCCAGCCCUCAGCAGUCGGCCGUGCAAACCGCGAGCACUCCCACGGAGAACUACGGGGGACCACUGAGCCUGAGCAUCUGCAUAUCCGAUUCGGGUCACGAGAUACUCCGUCCGAAGCCGCGACGGCCGGGCGGUGGCAAUAACCGCGAGAUAUAUAGUCCCUCUUACUCUAAGAAUUUCACGGAGAAUUCCUCUAAAAGUGGGGUCCACGACAUGGUCCAUAUGAUACCAGAAAGAGAUACGGACAGCGUGGCGCCGACACCGACCCCACAGCAUCCGCGUCACUCCCAACACCACCAUCUCAGUUUACACGAACUCCGUGCACUUCAGAGGCGGCCGGAAUGCACCGGCAACAGCUCCUCCGAUGAGAAUCGAUCGUCCGGACACGCGAGCAUGUCGGACACCGGUGGCCACACGAGCAGCAGUUCGCCACCGCAUCGUCAUCACAGAACUCACAGUCCUCAGCAACUAAAUGCCGUGCCUGAGGACGACCGACUCUCGGCAUCGGUUACCCAAAGGAAUGGCAGGAGUCGGUCCGGUCAAAACCGCAAUCGGCACCGGGCUACUCCCGCUAAGCUGCAGGUACCAUGGUCGGGUUCUGGUUUGGAGGAUAUAAAAUUAGCGAUCCAACAGCUGACGAUGCGCUCGCACAAGUCUUCGUCCACAUACUCUUCGUUGAGCGGCUCAGAAAGCUCGGAACCCGCAGUGAGGAGGCUGAUGCGACACUCCAGCCUGGAGACGAUCAACACCAAUGUGACCAGCGCCGAUGAGUUCGUCUGGGUAGAUUCUCACAAUCGUCUGGUAGAACUGCAGCAGCUACCGUGGACUCAUCACGAUGUGCUGCGUGUACUUCAAAACGGUCGCACGAGGGAGCACAUGGAACAAGUCUCGAUGGAGACGAUCCCGCGGCUUUCCUACCUUCUUCAACGCGCGCUAGUCAGGAUAGGCCGCGAGACUCAGAGAUUGGCGAAGCCCAUAGGUCUCUGUAGUAAACACGAGGUGUACAGCGCCUUCAAAAUCGUACUCUGUCCGGCUCUAGCGGAUUCUUGCACCAAGGCUUGCCUUCGAGCUGCCGCAAUGUUCGCUGUAUCUGGCGAUCAGUUGAAACAAUCGAAGGCAUCCCGUUCGGGGCUGCAAUUGCCAGUCGGACGUUUCUUACGUUGGAUGUCCGAUGUGAGACUCGGGCGGAUGAUUCACGAGUACGCCGCGAUAUAUCUGACGGCCGGGAUCGAGAAUCUCCUAGAGGAGAUACUGCUACAAUGCGUGCCGACCGAACCGCAUACGACCCUCACGGCGACAAUGCUGGAGCACGCUAUAGCCAACAGCGGCGACUUAUGGGGCCUGUUACAGCCAUAUGCGCAUCUCAAUGCUGGUCGAACGGCAUCGGGCGCUCUCGCGAUGCCUCGUUGGGCAAGUGUAAGUUCUUUGAACUCGUCAUCGUCGUCGCGCAGUGGACGGGACGUAACUCAGUCGGCUUUGGAACCGUCGUUGCUUACGACCUGUGUGGGAUCGAUGGCGGAAUUGAUAGAUUUGAUUUCUAAAGUAGCGCAAGCGGGACGCUGUCCCAUACCACUGACAACGAGAGCAUUACAUGCCCUAUUUUAUUACAUGAGAUGCUCACAGCUGGAGCACGGAGAACGUGGAUCUGGAAUUCAAGAAUUAGCAUACGAACGAGCAUAUGUAGUACUGCCACCGUUAGUAGAGUGGUUACGGGUAGCUGCAGCACAUGCCGAGCACAGACAUGGUUUGGUCGUGGAUCAAGAUGACAUUAAUCAAGCUGCCCGACUAUUGUUGCCUGGAGUAGAUUGUCCCGUUCGACCGAUAAGCUCUGAGGAAAUCGCAGUGUGUUCAAAGCGCAUCGAUGAUACCGAAUACGUUCGAUUGCUGACGAUAGACAUGGCCUUUAAGAUGUUGCUCAGCGGACGAACGGAUCUCAUAGCCCAGGCAAUGUCACUGCUGCCUUUGACGAAAAUCAACACGGUGAAUGACGCCGGAUUCACGGCUCUGAUGUUGGCGUGCAUUAACGGCGAUGAAUCAGCUGUGAUAACUCUACUGGACGCCGGGGCAGAUUUGAACAUUGAAAGCCCGCCACCCAUGACAAGCUCAUCGUCAAACACACCUUCCAAGAUUCCACAAACGUCUGGUAUAUCGAACGUUAGAAAUCCGAUUAAUCAGACAGCAAUGAUAACACCCAAUAAAACAUCGAACGCGAACGUAGCGUCUAAUAGUUCCAACAGUCCUGGUGGAGUUACCUCCAGUGGCAUGUGUUACGCGCAAACCGCCUUCAACGCGGAAACACAACACUGGACUGCUUUAACUUACACGGCUUUGUUGGGCCAUUGCAAUAUCGCUAGAAUAUUGCUGGAAAGAGGUGCCGCGGUGGAAGGCGGUGCAAAACUCAGUGAGGAUAAAUGUACAGUUACGCCUUUACAAGCAGCCACAGCAUCAGGAAACAAUGAGAUGGUAGCUCUACUCUUGGCACACGGAGCGCAGCCGUUUCUAUCUACUUUAAUUAAGGAUUCAUUCUCCUACUCUGGUUCUGUACAACGUGGUUCUUACAGCGCAAUCUCAGUGGCCACAGCGCAUGGUCAGAGAAGCUGUCUUCAUCAAUUGUUAUCGCACCCACUCAACUUCUCGGCCAAACGAGGAGAGAAAGAGAUAUUAUCAUUAGAAGAAAUAUUAGCUGAAGGUAACGCCGGUAAUAAUUCUCAACAGACUGCCGAAGAAAGAGGCGCUCGCAGAGAAGGCAAGGAACCAGUAUUUAAUAAGAUACAAACGAAGGCGUUACAGGAAGCGAUGUAUCACAGUGCGGAAAGCAAUCAUUUAGAUAUUACCAUGGAACUUCGUGGACUAAAAGUAGGCUGGACAUUGCAUUGCUGGAUGCACAGUCUCGCGACAGCUCAUGAAAUGCGACUGGAUUCGGUUAUAGAUCAAUUACUUCAAGAUUUUCUCCAGGUCUGCCCGGACGAUUAUUCUACGCAGUUCGUGCAGGAGUGUUUGCCACUUUUAUUCAAUAUUUUUAGAUAUAGUAAGAAGGAAGGUACGACGCUCUUGCUCGCUGAUAUAUUUUGUACAUAUUUCGGAUGGGAGCCGAUCAAGCCAAUUAGAGAUACUACACUUUCGAGCGGAUCAAGAAUUGAUCCAAAGUUUGUGAACAAUCCAGAAUUAAGCGAUGUACAAUUUAGAGUCGAAGGUCGCGUUUUCUAUGGUCAUAAAAUUGUACUGGUUACAUCUUCCCCGAGAUUUAGAAAUAUGUUGAGCUCUAAAUUAUGUGAAGGCAAUCCUCCCAUUGUGCAGAUUAAUGACAUAAGAUAUCACAUAUUCCAGAUGGUUAUGGAAUUUCUUUAUCACGGUGGUUGCACUACUUUGGAAGUUAAUCAAAGUGAUGUCCUGGAAUUAAUGGCAGCAGCCAAUUUCUUUCAACUCGAUGGCUUGCUCAGAUACUGUGAAGCACAGUGUUCCACGAUGGUGGAUCUUGACAAUAUUGUUUCUAUGUAUAUUCAUGCAAAGGUAUAUAAUGCGGCACAGCUCUUAGAAUAUUGUCAAGGAUUUCUGUUACAAAAUAUGGUAGCUCUUCUGACGUAUGAUGAUUCAGUUAAGCGUUUGUUGUUCGCAAAAAAGUUACCGAAUCACGAUGUUCUUGCGGGGUUACUACUCACACUGCAAUCGCGAAUAAAAGCCAGGCGAUCUCAACAACAAAACAAAAUAAAAGCUUAGGUGUCCAUAGACUUCUUUGUAUUACGAUAUACAAUGACCUAGUUUACAUCGUGCAUUUGAUACGCGUAUCAAGUACUAUAUUUGUAACAAAAUCGUACUAAAUAUGUAGUACACACGAUGUAAACGCUGCCAGAUCAACUUGGUACGAGCGUAUCAAAUAGGAGUAUCGUACUAAACUGAUACGCGUAUCAAGUGAUGCAAAUGACGAUGUAAACGCAUGAAAUGUAGUUUGAAGAAAAUUUAACAUUAAGCAUAACCUCAAUUAAAACUGGUUAUUAAAAUGUCUUGUAAAAAAGGACUGAAUUGGGGAGAAGAAACGCGAACGUUUAUAGAAUUAUGCACAGAGAAGCAAAUAAUUUUAUUAAUGGACGGGAAAAAAAUACAAACAUGUGGAUAUUUUUAAUUCAUUAGUUGAAGAUAUGGAGAAAAAAGGAAAACUGCCCAACAGAUGAAAUUAAAAUUAAAAAAUUUAAAGCUUGCCUACUUUAAAUGUAAAAGAGAAAAUAGUGUUAGAUAAAAAAUUUCUUAGAUUAUAUAAACAUAAUUUUAGUAGACGUAAUAAGGUUCACCGUUUUGCUCUUAUCAUAUUUAUCAUUCGUUUUCUUCGAAUGUAUUGUAAAAUUUUAAACAUAAAACUUAGCCAUACACUUUAUUAUGCGUAUUUUUUCGUUGUUAUUACAUGAAUUAAAUUCGUAUUAUAUUUUUCCCUUGGUACAUUCGAUGUAAACGCACUCGUACUAACGCUUUGGUGCGCACCAAACUUAACACGCGUAUCAAGGUUUUGACGAUGUAAACUAGGCCAUUAUAUGUAAGAGCUGUGUAAAAUAAUAACUUUAUAUAAUUUCUAUCUAGAAGUACUGAGAUUUAACAUUAUUGAGACUGGUAUUAAUACAAAACUGGAUAUUGGCCUAUGUUAAAAGGUCGUGUACAAGUUUUAUUGCAUUUGAAUAAUUUUAAAUAAUAUAAUUUUGUUAGAUAAAAUUGUUAGAAGAACGUAUUUAUAUAUGUAUAUAUUAAUAUAUUAAUUUAGAACGUUAUAGAGCACGUAUAUGUGCUGUAUUCAUGAAGACAAUAUCUCUACGAGAAUCGUGUCUUUCAUGAAUAUUCCUUGUAAAUAAGAUUAUAUUAGUGUAAAACAACUUUUAUGUGGAUAUAAAUUUUUCACACAUAUGUCAAUAGAAAUCUUAUAGAAAUAUAGAGAUUUUUAACCUUUUACUGAAUACGAACUUUCUGAUGACAAAAGUUCUCACUACUGUAGUAUGCAUAUAUCUUGCCAUAAAUUUUGUUAUGUUACAAAUUACAUAACAAAAUAUCUGUUAUUGGACGUAAAGAGUAAUAAUUUUUGGUAUUAUUUUUCUAUUAGCGACUUGGAAAUUUAAUAAAAAUGGAUAUCUCCAA